AUGGCUCUUCCUCGUUCCUUUACAAUGUCAACAGGCUGGUCAUGGCCAUUGCUGAUCUGCAUUACUCCUACAUUGGCUCGUAAGUUGACUCGUAAUGUGGCAUGCAAUGCACACAGCAGACGUUUUCUUCCUCCUCCUCCUCCAGUAAAGGAAGGAUCGACGUAUAUUCUACCAAGCGCUAGUUUCACCGGCAACUUGACCGAUGUCAACCUUUCAAGUCUUUUUGGAUCAGCAUCAUCAUUACCACCACGCCAUUCAUUAUCAACACAACCAUCCAUCAAUGCAGCACCCACUGAACCUUCAUCAUCAUUAUCCUCAAACGGAGUAACGGUUGUCACGCCAACAUCAUCCGUAUCCCUUGACAACACAGCAUCCUCAUCAUCGUCAACGAGUAGUACAGCUGAUAAUGAUGGAAAUGGAUUGGGAACAGGUGCAUUAGUAGGCAUCAUUGUUGGAGCAGCAGUGGUCGUUAUUGGUGGAUUAGCAUUGGUGAUUAUCUUGAUGCGACGAAAAAGACGACAAGGCAAAAAGUUCAAUCCAGGGCGAGGUAUUACUCCAUCCAUGGUGAUCAGCACUCGUUCUUCUUACAACAACUAUGAUGCAUCUCCUGGUGGUGGUGGUGUUGUUCCCAUGGUGAUUGAAGCACCUCGUCUUCAUCCUCCAACACCUUCACCUCCACCUCCACCCUCGUCUCCAUCACCAGCAAUACAAGGUGUAAAGCAAUACAAUCAUCCAUCACCCACUUAUUUGGCUCCACCCACAGCAGCUGCCAUGUCAUCUCGUCAACAAAAGCAGCCUAAUUCAACAUCACCUAUAUACCACUCUACUAUGGCAUCACCAUCUUCUACAACAACAACAGCGUCGCCGGAUCGACGUCUUUCGAAAUACAAUUAUCUCGCUCAAGCCUUUUCUCAAAUGCGUCGCCCUGAUAGCCAAGUCAGCACUUAUCCAACAACGAUCCAAGAUGAUGAAGAUGAACCUUUAUCCCCAACAUCAAUCACCCAUACCAAUCGACGUGCAGCUCGUUACCACUAUAUUUGA